AUGCAGAAAGAGUAUAAUGGAAAGCCUAGUGUCACACAGAUCUUGGUGGCCUCUUCCAUUGGGUUGAUAAUUGCUGCAGCAAUGCAUUAUCGCCUAAAAAAGCUUCGAGAUGGGAGGAUCAUUCCGCGUUUGAGAUUAUCAAAGUCGGGCCAGACUCCAAAGCUUGAGAGAUUCUCUCAUUACGUCGCUAGACAAAUGGGGUUCAAAGAUAAAAGAAACUGUCCUAAUUUAUGUAAAUUGGCUUCUGAAUACAUAAGAAAAUCUGAUGGAUGUGAAGAUGAUAUCUAUGCUUUCUUUGAAAAUGAACAAAAUGCGGAUUCACUUUUUGUUAAGCUUGUGGAGGAGUUUGAGAGAUGUAUUCUUAGUUACUUUGCAUUCCAUUGGAGCCUUGGUGAUUUAUUGAUAAGUCAGGUCUUGAGCUCUGACACUGAGCCAAAAAAGAAGUUCAAACACAUAGUUAUGGCAGCAACUAGGGAUCAAAGGGUUGAAAGGGUAACAAAGAAUUUGAAGGUGGCUAGAGUUUUCAACACAUUAGUAGAAGAGAUGAGAGCAAUGGGACUCGUAUCGAAUGAUGACAAUCGAUGCACGGAGGUGAUGGCUCCGGUGGCUCACAGUGAUAGGAGUCCUGUCCUCCUUUUCAUGGGUGGUGGUAUGGGAGCUGGGAAGAGCACUGUUCUUAAAGACAUUCUCAAAGAACCUUUUUGGGUAGGAGCAGCUAACAAUGCUGUUAUCAUUGAGGCAGAUGCAUUCAAAGAAUCAGAUGUUAUCUAUAAGGCCCUUAGCUCACGAGGUCAUCAUAAUGACAUGAUUCGAAUGGCUGAAUUGGUACACCAAUCGUCAACGGAUGCGGCCUCAUCGCUUCUGGUAACGGCACUGAAUGAAGGAAGAGAUGUGAUUAUGGAUGGGACAUUCUCUUGGGUACCAUUUGUUGUGCAAACAAUAACAAUGGCCAGGAAUGUCCACCGUCGUCGUUACCGAAUGGGAGCUGGUUACAAAGUGCAUAAUGAUGGAACAACAACAGAGAGCUAUUGGGAAAGAAUUGAAAAUGAAGAACCUGAACAAAUUGGUGGCAAAAAGAGGAAACCAUAUAGGAUAGAGCUUGUUGGAGUAGUAUGUGAUGCUUACCUUGCUGUUAUUAGAGGCAUAAGGAGAGCUAUCAUGUGUAGAAGGGCAGUAAGAGUGAAGUCACAAUUGAAAUCACACAAGAGAUUUGCAGAUGCGUUUAUGACUUAUUGUCAACUAGUAGAUAAUGCAAGGCUAUACAGCACAAAUGCUUUGGAAGGCCCACCCAAAUUGAUAGGAUGGAAAGACAGAGACAAGACAUUGCUAGUUGAUCCGGAUGAAAUUGAUUGUUUGAAGAGAGUUGCUAGGUUGAAUGAAGAUGCUGAUUCUAUAUAUGAGCUUUACAAGCAUCCUAACCCAACAAGUGAAGCAGGAUCUAUAUGGAAAGACAUUGUGUUAUCUCCUUCAAGGUUGAACAUCCAGCAGGAGCUCAAGUUUUCAAUUCAAAAAGUUGAGAGAUUUUCACUCCAGAAUGCUCCCUUGACGUUGGAGCAGUGA